CGGUCAGAACCGUCGUCCCAGCCUGACCGUUUCAAUCCGCCGCGUCUGUGACCAUAUCGGUCAGAUUCUCUCCGCCAUAGCCACCGGUUUUAAAGCUCCAUUGAGUUUACGUCGUGUGCAGUUUUGUUUUUGCUGGUUUCCUCGUGUUUUGCUUGAUUUAUUGUAUUGUAUUCCUUGUGUUUUUGUGCUGUGCUUCCGAUUGCCAUACUCGGAGUGAUCGGUGCACUCGAAGAACAUCGAAACAGCGACGUAUUCCCUUAUCAAAGUCUGGCAAAAGGUUGUGUCGAAGCGAAUUAAGAUGCCAUUGAAGUGGUCCCUGCUACUCGGCACUUUUGUGCUCAUCAGCUGCUCCUCCGUGGAAGCAGCCGUCACAGUGGGUCGGGCCUGCAAGGUGACGGAUACCAUGCCCGGUAUCUGCAGAACAUCCUCCGAUUGUGAGCCCCUAAUCGAUGGCUACAUCAAGUCGGGAGUCCUGACGCUCAACGAUGUGCCCAGCUGUGGCCUCGGCGCUUGGGGUGAGAUCUUCUGCUGUCCCACCAAGCCGUGCUGUGACAAUAGUACCAUAACAAGCGUUUCCACAAGCUCCACCACAAGCACAAAAGCUCCAAUGACCAGUGGUCGUGUCGAUGUGCCCACGUUCGGAAGCGGUGAUCGCCCAGCAGUGGCAGCCUGCAAGAAGAUUCGCGAGCGAAAACAGCAGAGGAGCGGCAAUCAAUUGGUCAUACACAUCGUGGGCGGUUAUCCGGUUGAUCCGGGUGUAUAUCCCCAUAUGGCGGCCAUUGGUUACAUCACUUUUGGCACCGAUUUCCGAUGCGGCGGAUCGCUAAUCGCCAGUCGCUUCGUCCUGACCGCCGCACAUUGUGUCAACACCGAUGCCAAUACGCCGGCCUUUGUUCGCUUGGGAGCUGUGAACAUUGAAAAUCCAGACCAUUCCUACCAGGAUAUCGUCAUACGAAGCGUUAAGAUCCAUCCGCAGUAUGUGGGCAAUAAGUACAACGAUAUCGCCAUUUUGGAACUGGAACGUGAUGUCGUCGAGACGGAUAACAUCCGGCCCGCUUGUCUCCAUACGGAUGCCACCGAUCCGCCAUCGAACUCCAAGUUCUUUGUCGCCGGUUGGGGCGUCCUAAAUGUAACCACUCGGGCGCGAUCUAAGAUCCUGUUGCGCGCUGGUCUGGAGCUGGUGCCUCUGGACCAAUGCAAUAUAUCCUAUGCGGAGCAGCCCGGUUCCAUAAGGUUGCUCAAGCAGGGCGUGAUCGAUUCGUUGCUGUGCGCCAUUGAUCAAAAGCUCAUCGCCGACGCAUGCAAGGGCGACUCCGGUGGGCCGCUCAUUCAUGAGCUCAACGUGGAGGACGGCAUGUACACCAUCAUGGGCGUCAUCUCGUCGGGAUUCGGAUGCGCCACCGUCACACCGGGACUCUAUACGCGUGUCUCGUCCUAUCUGGACUUUAUCGAGGGCAUUGUCUGGCCGGACAAUCGGGUGUAAAGUUGGGAAAAGUAAAGUUUUUGUUUUUUUUGUAUGUAUAUUAUUUCUAUUUGGGAUCAGGACUGCCUGAUCCAUCGCAAUUGGCAAACACUCAUCUGUGAUCUCUAUGAGCACCGCGAUCGAACCAUUUAAUACCAAUAAAGUAGAUACGUUUUAAGAUAU